AUGGACCAGUUCCCCAAUGGCGCUUUAGCCUCCCCUACUAAAGCUCGUCAGGCUGCCAUUCAGGCGAAAGACUGGGCCUACGUGAACUCCUGGCUCAGCCGACACUAUGCCCCAAAAACCGUUCCACCAUUUGAGCGAAAUGAGGAUACUCUUCGGGUUUUAUUAGCGCUCGCAGCAGCUAGUGAUGCUGCAGAUGAGGAAGCCGAGCUGCAACAUCACGCACGAGAGGGUAUUCUCGACGUAUGCCGAACUCGAAACGCGAGUGACGCGAAUGACGCUCAUUGUCGGCAAAAACACGAGAUUCUGGAUGAAUUCGAGAUGGGCCUAGACGGAACAAGCCGAAGCAAUUUGGAAGAUCUUGCAGGCACAGCUUUUGUCCUCGGCCAGUGCUCUAAUCCCACUCUGCAAAGCCUGAGCCAAUCCGUUGUUGAGCUCACAGUAGAGGAGUUUGACAUGCAAAACCAACUAGCAAAGGUACAUGCAUUACAUCAACACCUGCAAAGGGAGCUUGAGCAGCUUGAACUUGAUCUGCGGGAGCUAAGAUCGAAUCCGUCAUAUGAAACGCCUUCUGAGAUCCAGAGCUCAACGUCGGAAUGGGUGCGCAGCACGAAGAUACUCAGUGCCAAGGUUGGAGAGUAUCAGGAUCGAAUUGCACUACUUGAGCGCAAUCAGCUCAAUGGUCCAACUAUUGAAGAAGUUAUGAUGGAGGAGCAGAAGGUCGUCCGUCUCAGGGACGAUGUGAGAUGUCUUGAAAGCCAUGUGCGGGCGUUCCACGAUCUCCCAGUGGAUGUGACUGGGGCACACGCGCAUUAUCGGGAAAUGGAGAAAAAGCUCAAGAACCUGAGACGUCAACGGGAUGCUAUGCUCGACAGUUCCACAGACCAUCAGUGA